AUGGAUUCCAAAGAAAAUGACUAUUUCUCUCAUCUACCAGACACCCUUCUGUUCGUAAUUGUCUCCUUUUUGCCAUUCAAAGAAGCGGUGAGAACUUCCGUGUUGGCAAGAAGGUGGCGUAACAUUUGGUAUGCAGCCAAGAACAUAGAAUUUGAUGAGAAAUUCUUCGUUAAGAAUGAAGAAUCCGAUGAAAAUAAGGCCAUGCAGAGGAUGUCUUUCGUGAGUUUCAUUAAACACUGGAUGGAUAACUGUGUAGAGACAGAUUUACAUAGUUUUCGUCUCGUGUUUUCACAUUCAGAACACCAUCUUUCUCAAAUACAAGACUGCAUUAGAUUUUGCGUUGAUCGAGAUGUGAAGGCACUUGAUCUUAAUUUCUCUGAUCCUACAUGGAAUGAAGAUGAUCUUGAGCAAAUCCCAGAAACAUUUCUCGAACUUUCUUCUUAUGACUCACUCAAAAAGUUAGAAUCGCUCAAGUUGUCUGCUUGCAAUUUCAGGGUUUUUCAGUUCGUCACAUUUUCUACACUGAAGAAUGUUUAUCUGGGAUGGAUUGAAUUUCCUGGUAGUUGUUUCAAGAACUUGAUGUCAAUGUGUCCAUCCUUAGAAACUUUGAACUUGAAGAGAUGCUGGAACAUGGAAAAUUUUUACAUUGAUUCAGAAAAAUUGAGAGUUUUUGUCAUCGAUAAAUGCCUGGGCCCUGAAGUUAUUAUUCUUAAUGCUCCAUUCUUGAGUUUCUUUCAAUAUUCCGGGCCGUCUGUUCAGUUACAGAUUGAAUAUCAUCCGAGAAUGGUGGAAGUAAUUCUUGAUUUCGGGCUUCAGACCGAAUCCAAUGAAGAAGGCGAAGGCGAUAUGCUUUAUAAUCUUCUCACUGAAAUUUCUAGCGUUAGGGUUCUUACCAUUUGCAGUUAUAUGCUUCAGUAUGAACUGACACAUUUUCUUUGUUUUCUUGUCGAUUUUUUGAAGCUAAUAGUGACUGCGGACGACCCGAUAACCCUAAAACCGGCACUCGAAAAUGUUAAGCAUCUAAUAUUGAAGACAGAGUUGCACAUAAAUGAAUUUUAUGGGAUUACUUUCUUUCUGAAAAAUUGUCCCAACUUGGAGAUUCUGACCAUCGAUUUAUGCACUAGGACGAUUUUUCAGGACUACAAACCUCCUUUUACAUUCGAGGAACAUCAAUUUUUGACUCGAUUUCAAUGCUUGAGAUAUAGAAGCACGAUGUGCUUAAAGAUGGUGAACGUGAAGGGAUUCAAGGGAGAGACGAACGAACUCAUCGUUCUAAGUUAUUUGCUACGAUUUGGUUCGGCUUUGAAGUAUUUGUCGAUCGGUCUAUCGAAGGAAAAAGGGCCUAAUGGCAUUGACAUGGAAUCAACAUACAGACAAAAUGCAGAGAUGGCAGAGCCUCUGCCCCCGAUUUUGAUGGCGGGCCCCCCCAGUGCAGAAAAUCAACGACCGAGAAUGUCCCAACUUCGCCUCCGACUUCAACAAGCUGAGUAUCUGAGAGCUUGGAUCUUUGCUCAAAGGACAUCAUUUUGUCCACAAUGUUAUGACAAUUAUGAGAAGGAGUGGACGAAACUUGUAGCCAUUGAGAAGACGUUCUUGGAGACUGACAGAAAGCUAAUCGACCAUCUCUGCCUCUGUGGUUGA